AUGGAAAAAGAGAUUCAAUUUUCUAGAGCUCUUACUGAUAAAGAUAUUACAAAACAAUUAAAUAAUGUAUUAGAAUUUCUUAAAAUAUAUAAAUAUAAAGAAACAGAUGAUCUCAAUGAAACAAUAGAAAAACUUCUUUAUAAUUCUGCAAGUAUAAUUUACAAAGUGGACAUGAGAUAUAAAACAAUUUGCAAAUUAAUUCAUAAAAUGAACGGUCCUUUAAAAAAUACAUUAUUAAUAGACUCGUAUAAUAUAUAUAAGGCAAUGUGCAAAAAAAUGGAUAAUUUAAAAGAAUUUUGUAUAACAUUAAUCAUUACUAAGAAAAAACUUUUGCAGUACUCAAGACAUGAACUUCAACUGUAUUUUAACCAGUAUUCGAUACACUCUUUUUCGUAUGAUGAUCUCUUAAAAAUUUCUCAAGAUUUAAAAAAAUUUACGAAUAGAGGAAUUUGUAGAUGUUCAGAAAAAUUUUCAGAGGAAAAUUUAAUAUUUGAGUUUAAAAUGUGUGAAUUUUGUUUAGAUGAAAGGAAAUUAUGCAAUGAAGCUGUUCAAAAAUUUACGGAUCUUUUAGAUUUGUCUGGUCGUAUAGUUGAUCAUAAUACAUAUAAAACAGAAUUGGACGUUGAAAUUAAUGAUUUUAAAGGAUCUAUUAAAAGUUUAAUGUCAAAUCAAAUUCUUUGUAAACUUAAUUAUAUAAAAAAUUAUAGAAGAGGUUAUAUAAAUCCUCUUGGAUUUGAAAUAGAUUUUAUUUAUUUUUUAAAAGAAACAACACACAUUUUAGAAGGAAUUCCGGAAAAUGAUAAGAAAUUGAUGUAUCUAAUGAUUGGACAAAAAUGUGAUGAAAUAUCAUGUGUAUUUCUAUAUUAUAAUAAUAAGUAUAACGAUGAAGAUAGAGUUAACGAAGAACAAUUAAAUUUCUUAUUUAGAUUAGAAAAUUAUUUGAUGGUAUAUUUAAACAGGUCAAAAGUUAUUUUCAAUAGUGAAGGUAUUUUUAAAAACGGUAAUAUAAACAUAAAUUAUUUUUUAAAAACCGGUAAUUUUUCAGUUGAUAAUAGCCAUGAAAAAAAGCAAUUUCCCUUUUCGUUAAAUCAUAUAUUACAUGUGAAUGUUCAUCUAGAUGAUUACACAAGUAAGGAAAGAAAAACUUAUAAAUUAAUGGAUGUUAUUGAAGAGAAACGUGGUUCCAUUAUUACUUAUAAAUUGAAAGAACAGCAAAAUUCUAAUAUUUUAAAACCUUCUAGAUCAUUUAGAAUUGAAGAUAAAGAAAAGAUAAUAAACCAUAUAAAAUUAAAUGAUGGAUUGUUAAAUAAUGAAGUUUCCAAGAUCUUUAAAAAUCCUCUUCAAACUUGCAUUAAAAAAAAUGAUAAAGAAAUUAUACGAACUUCUUCAAAUGAAAAAGAAAUGUAUCAAAAUUUAAAACAGAAAGAAGUGAUAAAAAUAGAAACAAAAAAUAAUGCAAUAUUACGUAGUUUAAAAUAUAGAGAGAAUGGAUUAAAAAAAAAAGAAAUUUAUAAAACAAUUAAAGCGACUAUUGAUCUAUCAAAGUAAUUAAGAACUGAAAAUUAAGAAUUCUGCACUAUAUUAUAAAUUGUGUCUUUAUUAAUACUUCGUAUAGCUUGAAGACCUAAGUAUUCUUUAGUAUAAGAUUCAUUAUUUAAAUCAUUAUUAUCAUUAAAAUUUAGAGUAUACGUCAAAAUUUUCAUUUUUUUAUUUAUUCUAUCCUUUGUACAAGUUAUUACAUAAUUUUUUGUAACUGUCGAUUUAGUUACAAAUUUUUGUUUUGUAAAAAAAGUUAUUCUGUAUUGUAUUAAUUCUAAUAUUUUUUUGCUAGCUAAAUUAAAAAUAGGUGCUUUUAAAAUUAUUUGCUCAUUUAUUAUAAUUCUGUCAUUUGAUAUUAAAUUUUGAAGAUCAAUAAAUUUUAAUUCAUAUAAAUUACGUAAAGUAAUAUUUGUAGAGGUUACAAUUAAGAUUGCUAUUAUUGUAUCUAUUAGUGACACUUCUUCUGAAGGAUUAUUUUUUACAUCAAAUUUAUAUGCAUAUUUUAUUACAUUUGAAACAUAUUGAAUUUGUUUUAUCUCUAUAUAUGUAUUCUUAUUUCUAUUUCUUUUUAAAUGUAAAGUUGCUGGUGAUAUUGAAACAUUUUUAUUUAGUGAUUUUAUUGUUCUUAAUAAACUACAUUUAUAAUUGUCGCUUAUAAUUACCCCAUCUCUUUUUUUUAUUGAAUUUAAUGCGUUUUUAAUUGUAUCAUUGUCCAAAAUACUAAUUGAAAUGCCAUUUCUCUCCAACAAAUUAAUGUGGCUAUUUAAUAACGCAUUUUUUUGCAUUUUAUUUUUUCAGUAAUAUGUGUGUCUCUCUUAAUUUUAUUCAAUAAUUUAUACAAAUUAUGAAGUUUUAUACUAUUAAGUCUUCAAAAAAAUACAUCGAAUAUUAAUUAAGUGGAUAAUAAUUUUUAUAAAGAAGUAAAAGAAUUUUAUAUUACAUUAAAAUAAACUAAAAUAAUUUUAAUAUAAAAUGUCGUUCGAUUAUACCAAUAUUAAAAGUUUACAAUUUAAUACAACCAAUGUUAAUUUAACUAAUGGUCACUAUAAAGCAUUCAUAGUUAAUGGAUAUAGAUAUAUUAUUGAAAUUAAUAAACAGAUUAUUUCAAAAAUAUUUGAUAUUAAAAUAGAAAAUAUUUGAAUGGAAAAAUAUUGACUUCAUCUAUUGAAAGAAUAGAAAAUUAUAUUGGAAAAUACAAAGAAAACAUUUUUACGAAUGAAAAAUAUGUGUUUGAAGUAAUUUUAUCAAAUAGAACUAUAACUUUUGUAGACAUAUUAAUUAAUAAUGAUAAUGCACUUCAACAAGAAACUUGGGAAACUAGAUUAUUGAACUUAAAUCAUUUAUUUAAGAAUCAAGAUUUUUCAGAAAACGUUAUAAUUCUAGAUACUACUCCAACUCUUCAACUUGAUUUGACUAAUUCUAUUUCUGUUCCAACUAUUAUAAGAAAUUUGUUCGAAAAUGUUACAUAUAAAACAGAUCAUUUUCUUAAUCCUACAUUAGAAACUUUCAAUUUAGCAGUAAUUGGUGAAGGGAAAAUUAAAAAAGUAAAUAAACAUAUAUUAAAACAAACACCUUAUACAAAAAAUUCAGAAAUUUUACAGCCGAUUAAAAAGUUUUUGUGUCCAAAUGAAUCUGAUUUGUUAGUUCUACAAGAACGAUCUCCUGAAGACCAACUAAUCUUAAUCAACUCUUUGAAAGAAAAUUACUUUAAAAAUAAUAAAGAUGAAAUAAAAAAUGAUGUAAUUAUUUUUAAAUAUAGUCAAGAACAUCUAUAUCAUUUAGUUGCCGGAAUGAAUAAAAAUAAUGAAUUGUGUAUUUUUGGAAUUGCAAAGCAAACUAAAGAAAUUAUAAAUAGUAAUGAUAAAAUUAUUUCGUCAGAAAAACCAGAUAUUGUCAAUUGGGAAAAUGAAAGUUUGAAAGAUAAUUUUAAUGAAAAUUCUGUUUGCUAUUAUAAAAAUUUCUUCAUUGUUAAUUGUCGAAUCAAUAAUAAAUUCAAAAGCGAUAUUAAUAAACUUUCAACUAUCGUUAUUAUGAGCAUAAGCUCAAAUGUAGAUAGUACAGAUUUUAAAAAAUCAGUUCUUAAAAUUUCGUCUAUUCCAUAUCAAGAAAAACAAAAAAUUAAUCCAACUAUAUUAUCGAACAUUGAAACUGAGGAACUAAUUAAAGAACUUAUACUUCGAUUUAGAAUUAUGUUUAUUGAUAAUUCAAAUUGUAAUGAGUACAUUGAAAGUUUGAUGAAUCUUUUAUCCACAUAUAGUACAAGUAAACCAACAUAUAAAAUUGUAUCAUCUCAAGCUAUAUCUGCAUUAAAAAGACAAUCAGAAAAUGAAAAGAAUGAUCAAAGUAUUAAAGAACUAAAAAAAUGUAAACCUUCAAAAAAAACAUCUAGUACAUAUUCAACAAUAUAUGAAGAAGAUAGUGAUAGUAGUACUGAUAUAGAUAUUUGUUAAUCCACAAAUUUUUUUUU